ACGCCAACGUUUUACUUCAUUUUGCAACACAUUGGUAAUGAUGUUUCUCCUCCUGGCACCCAACUAAAAGUAUUAUUAUUACCAUUUUUUUUUUUAAGCUGAACCCCGAGUGCUGCCCUUUAAAUCAGUGUCCUAGUUUAGUCCCCGGCCAGUUAUUCUGGGCGCUGUCUGCAAAGCUUGAAGUUUUACACCAACUGGUUACUUUCUUGAGCCGGGGGAACUUGGCACGGCGGCAUCGGUCGGUGCACGCCUCCUCCUGCGAGAGACUCCUCGACUUUCAACUCGGGGAGAUUUUGGGGGGGGGGGUUUAGAAAGGGGUAAAAAAAAAGAUUUUUUUUUUGUUGUGGCUGUUUUUUUGCACCGUGCGUGGCUCCACCUCCCUGCUGGAUUUUUGUGCGUGUGCGUUUUCAAGGAUUGACCUGACUGGCUGCCAUGGGGAGAGACGAAACCCUCGUCCACAUUGCAAAACAACUAGAUAAAAUGGUAUCCAGGAGAAACAUGGUGAGAUAUUACAAGGACGGAGCUCUGGCCUUGCUCCAGGAACUGCAAGGCAUGAAGAUGAGCCUGAAGUCACUGCAGGCCACAAGGAUCGGCAUGUCUGUAAACUUGAUUCGUAAACACAGCACGAACGAGGAAAUUAUCGCUCUUGCUAAAAUCCUCAUCAAAAAAUGGAAGAAACUUCUCGCCACGGAAAUUUCAGUCGAUCACAAGGCGGAGAAAUCUUCAGGGAAAGAGGGUGAGAGGGACCGGUCAUCGGCGGUGGUGCUAGAAUCCCGGAAACACUCGAAGGAAAAAUACAAGGAGCGGCAAGAUUUGAUCAGUUCCAAGGCUUCUUCAGCAGGGGUUCCCAAAUCUAGGAAGAGUUGUACAGAUGGGAACCAGGACCGGCACAGGAAAGAUUCCUCAAGUUCUAUGUCACCGAUGACCCUCUCUCCAGCAUCAAGGAAGAACUCCACAGACAAAGAGGAGAGAGAGUUAUUCUGCAAACCUUUGAUCACUUUGGACCUGUCGAGAAAACCUUCAACAGUUAUGAAGGAUGAAAGUGGCAGUGGCAGUAAAGUGACGAUGGAUUCACCAUCUUCCCCCACCUUCUCCUCGCCAACGAUUCUUCCUCCUCUCCUGUCAACUGGGGAGAACAUCCGUGACAAAUGCAUAGAGUUGCUGAUCGCUGCUUUGAAGACUGAUGAUGACUACAAGGACUAUGGCGCCAAUUGUGACAAGAUGGGUUCGGAAAUUGAAGUUUCUAUCCACCAGGAGUUUCAAAAAACAGACAUGAAGUACAAAAACAGAGUCCGAAGCAGAAUAAGUAACCUGAAAGACCCAAAGAAUCCUAAUUUAAGAAAGAAUGUGUUGUCUGGUGCGAUAGAUCUCCUCCACUUUGCAAGGAUGUCUGCAGAGGAGAUGGCCAGCGAUGAGUUGAAGGAGCUACGCCAGGUGAUAACUAAGGAAGCCAUUAGGGAGCAUCAGAUGGCCAAAACCAGCGGUACCACGUCCAGUCUCUUCCAAUGUGGGAAAUGCAAAAAGAAAAACUGUACCUACAACCAGGUACAAACACGCAGUGCUGAUGAACCAAUGACGACAUUUGUUUUAUGCAAUGAAUGCGGAAACCGCUGGAAGUUCUGCUGAUUGAUAAUAUUGAAACAUUCUUCACUACAAUUUAAGCUCGUCUUUUCAGAAGAGGGAAAAAUGAAUUCUAGCAAAGCCACAGAUGUUUAUGGUGCUUCUCUCACUUUGCUUUCCACUGAUUCAAGAGCAAGUCGGUUCCUAAUCAAUUCUGCUUUAAGAACUGAACACCCUCUGCAGCUUUAGUUGCAGUUGUUUCUUUUGUGUAAGGAGGUGUCGAUUUUGGAGAUUAAAACAGAAACACUUAGGAGGUCAGGCAGCAUCUGUGGAAGGAGAAGCAACUAUCUUUUCAGAGCUGAAUCAUUAGAUCUUGUGCUUCAGGUCUGAAAUAUUGACUCAAACGCUACCUGAGCUGUUAAGUGUUUUGAGUAUCUUCGACUAUGUCACAUCUCUAGUGUCUUGUUUGUAGUUUCAAUGUAGACUUCACGGACCCAUGCUGUGAAAUAGAAUCAAAUCAUUUGAAAUACUGUACAGAGCCUAAUUUUGUGGUGUUUUCAACAUUAGGAAACAUUUUACAUUGUUAAUUAUUUCCAGGCCUUUGCUUAAGCUGGACUUUGAAGAUUAAUUUUUUUAUUUGGAGUAACAAGGAAUUUAUAAUGAGAAGGAUUUCUCAUUCUUAAAAGGCAUUUUUUUUUUUAAGGUUUGCAGAAUUAAAAAUACUUCAACUGAAAUUGAUAUGUUUAAAAAUUCUGUUUGGAUUCAACUCUCUUCAGUCAUCAAUAAUAAGAAACUAAUCGCAUUCUCGCAGGAGAGUACUGCAUUAGUUUAAGCCCAAAUCAUUUAUUUUUGUAGCUCACUGUUCACUUGUAUUUAUUUUUAAAGAGGGUGUCCUUGCCUUAAAGAGUCCUUGUCUUCUCCUCCAAAUCACCUCCCAUUUCAAAAACUUCUCCAUCUACAUGCUGUAAACCUUUGUUGAGCUGCUGUUUCAUGAGCUACAGAUAUCCUUCAUUAUCUUGUAGACACAGGCACCUGCAAAUGCUGGUUUAACAAAAACACCCCAGGUGCUGGAGGAACUCAGUAUUUCUGGAGGAAGUGGAUAAGCAACGUUUCAGUCGGGACUCUUCUUCAGACUGAAGAGUCUAAAGACGGGUCCCAACCGGAAACGUUCCCUAUCCACGUUCCCCAGAGAUGCUGCCUGACCCAUUGAGUUACUCCAGCACUUUUUAUGCCCUCCAUCAUCUGGCUGGAGAAACAAUUCUUCAGUGAUUAGCUCGUGGAAGUCACAAAGGUGUCAGAACUAAAUCUAAUAUAUAGGAAGGAACUGCAGAUACUGGUUUAAACCAAAAGGCUGGAGUAACUCAGCGGGUCAGAUGGUAUCUUUGGAGAAAAGGAAAGGGUUGAGACUCAUCUUUGGAUGGGAACCUUCCCGAAACGUCACCUAUUCCUUUUCUCCAGAGACGCUGUCUGACCCGCUGAGUUACGUAAAUAAAUCUAAUUCUUACUUGCAUCCAGAUAAUAAAAGUUGCAAAACAGGGUCACCAAUUUACUGUGAAUAGAAUGGUCAACUCUGGCUAGGUGGAUUCCUGUAGGUUUUGUUGUAUUUCUACCACCUAUCUCUCCAUCACCACCACUCCGCACAAGUGGUGCUUUACUUUCCCUCAGCUCAUCAGAGAGUGAAGAGUUUCCAUUAUUUAGUUGAAUGCUUUCAAUAUUUGAAUCGCCCCCCUCCUGCAACAUUUCUUGUAAUUUUAUAACUAAUAAACAAAGGUAUUCAUAGAACAUUGCAAACAAA